AUGUUAAUCAACUUUUUAUAUUGGUUGAAUCACAGAUUUAGAAGAGUAUCAGAACUAUUAUUUGGAACUGUUUUUGAACCUAAAUUUGAUAUUGUUCUAGUUACUGGUGGCGCAUCAGGUUUAGGUAAAGAAUUGGUUGCACAAUUAGUUAGUAAAAAUGCUAAAAUCAUUGUUUUAGAUAUUAAUAUACCUGUUAUCAAACAUCCAGGUGUUUCAUAUUUCAAAUGUGAUGUAAGUAAUAGAGAAGAAGUUUUGAACGUUGCAACUGCUAUUCAAAGUACAAUUGGAACAGUUACUGUCUUGAUUAAUAAUGCAGGUAUUACAACUGGUAAAACUGUUUUAGAAUUAUCUUAUGAAGAGAUUGAAUCAAUUAUACAAACUAACUUAAUGUCAAGUUUUUACACAAUUAAAGCAUUUUUACCAGGAAUGUUGAAACUUGAAAGAGGAUAUGUUGUAACAAUUGCUUCUGUUUUAGGUUAUAUGUCACCUGCAAAAUUAAGCGCUUAUGGUGCAUCUAAAUCAGGUCUCAUUGCGUUACAUGAAUCAUUAACUUAUGAGUUGGGUCCUCCAUCAUUAAACCCAUAUGGAAUUAAAACUUUAUUAAUAUGUCCUGGUCAAUUAAGUACAGGAAUGUUCAAAGGUGUUAAAACUCCUGCAAAAAUUUUAGCUCCAGAAUUAGAUCCAAAAUAUGUUGCAAAAAAAGUUAUUUCAUCAAUUGAACAAGGUAAAAGAGGUGAAAUUAAAUUACCUUAUUAUGGAAAUUUUGUACCUCUCUUUAGAUCAAUUCCAUGGCCAAUUGUUGAAGUCGUUAGAAAAUUUUCAGGGAUUGAUAAAAGUAUGAAUUCUUUCAAAGCUAAAUUAUCAAAAGUUGCUAGUAGUGUUUCCUCACUUGCAAGUUUAUCUCUUCAUGGUUCUCAAAGAGGUUCUGAACAUACUAGUGUUCAUAAAUUUAACAUACAUCAAGAAGAAGUGCAAGAAAAUGAACAAGAACAAGUACUUGAGCAAGAACAAGUACUUGAGCAAGAACAAGUACAUGAACAAGAGCAAGAGCAACAAUAG